AUGUCGUCGCUUUUAGCUUUCGCUCCGCCCAGCGCCGCCCUUCUCCGGCCGCCACCCGCCGCCGCUCACGGCGGCCUGAGUUCCCCUCGUGUUUUUCCAUGUUGGAAGCCAGUAAUUAUCUCCGGUUCUCCCCUGCGGUGCCGUGCAGUUGCCAGAUCUCGUACUCGAGAAUGGAAAAAGGCAGAAUAUCUGGAUGUGAUUCACAAUGACUUAUCGACCAUAAAGAGGCAAGAGAUUGUGGAGGAUGAUACAGAAAGAGAGACUCAUCACAAGGUGGGGAUUUUGUUCAUAAAGGAGAAUUUCCACAAGCUUGGGGAUGAAAAUCCGGAGCACAUGCCGAUAGGGUUCGAAAUAGCCUUUCCGGCCAUGAUAGAAAUAGCUAAAAAGCUUGAAAUUGAGAUCCCUGAAAAUUGUGCAGGAUUGCAAGAGAUUUAUGCAAUAAGAGAGUUAAAGCUCACAAAGAUACCAAAGGAGACAUUGCAUAAAGUGCCAACAACGUUACUUCACAGCUUGGAAGGGAUUGGAGGGCUAAAAUGGGAAAAACUGUUGAAAUUAAGAUGUGCUGAUGGCUCUUUCCUUUUCUCCCCAUCUUCCACUGCUUUUGCACUCCAACAAACAAAGGAUGAUAACUGUCUCAAAUACCUCACAAACUGUGUUGACAAAUUUAAUGGAGGAGUUCCUAAUGUGUACCCCGUGGACUUGUUCGAGCACAUUUGGUCGGUGGACAGGCUGCAGAGAUUGGGAAUAUCUAGAUAUUUUCAGUCAGAGAUCGAUGAGUGUAUAAGUUAUGUUCAUAGGUAUUGGACAAGUAAAGGAAUUUGCUGGGCGAGAAAUUCCAGAGUUCAGGACAUUGAUGACACGGCCAUGGGAUUCAGGCUCAUGAGGUUACAUGGCUACGAUAUUUCCGCAGAGGUGUUUAGUAAUUUUAAGAAGGGAGGAGAGUUCUUCUGCUUUGCGGGGCAGACGACCCAAGCCGUGACGGGAAUGUACAACCUGUACAGAGCAUCCCAAGUGAAGUUCCACGGGGAGGAUAUACUCGUGGAUGCAGGCGAUUACUCCUCCAAGUUUUUGCGGGAAAAGAGGGCAAAAAACGAGCUGCUUGACAAAUGGAUUAUUGCGAAGGACCUUCCUGGCGAGGUGGGAUAUGCACUUGAUGUGUCUUAUUAUGCUAGCCUACCUCGACUCGAAACACGCUUCUAUUUGGAGCACUAUGGCGGGGAAGACGAUGUUUGGAUUGGCAAAACUUUAUAUAGAAUGCCAUGUGUCAGCAGUAAUACCUAUCUUGAGCUAGCGAAAUUAGACUACAAUAACUGCCAAGUCUUGCAUCAACGGGAGUGGAAAAACAUUCUAAAAUGGUUCAGAAAUUCCGGUCUCAAAGGGUUCGGAAAAAAGGAGUCGAACUUUUUACAACGGUACUACAUUGCAGCCGCUUGCAUAUUCGAGCCAGAGAAAUGGGCCGUGCGAGUGGGCUGGGCCAAAACCGUGAUUUUAGUUGAGACCAUCGUCUCGCAUUUUCAAAGGCAAGGACUUUCGAGGGAACACAAAAGCGCGUUCGUCGAGGAAUUCGAACAAGGCUGCAUUCUCAAGUAUAAAACGAGAUCACCACUCGUCGGAGCUUUUAUCAUGACUCUAAACCAACUCUCAUUGGAUAUAUUGUUGGCUCAUGGACAGGACAUUCAACCACAACUGAGUCAAGUUUGGUACAAGUGGUUGAAAACAUGGGAAGAAGGAAAUAAUAUUGGAGAAGGAGAUGCAGAGCUUUAUGUCCAUACCUUAAAUUUGUGCGGCGGAGGAAGAAGGGCAAGUGCUUUAAUGCUGUCGGAGCCUGAUCUUUCGGACCAUCCGAAAUACGAGCAACUUUUGAAGGCCACGAUUAGCGCACACGAUAGUUGUGGCACCAACGUUGAGAUCGAACGCGGCAUGCAAGGGCUUUUGAAAUUGGUGCUCGACAAGUCACCGGAAGAUUUAGAUUCUCAGAUCAGACAAAACUUUCUUACGGUGGCUAGGAGUUUCUAUUACACGGCUUACUUUAGUCAAGAAACUAUCGACUUUCACAUCAAUAAGGUACUCUUCGAGAAUGUACUUUGAUCAUGUAUAUGUAGAGUACUUUGUGAGGGGCUCUGUAAAUAUAUAAAUAGUGUUACAAGUUAGUAGCUAGCAACGAAGAGCGUCUUUGAGCGGCAAUAGUUGAUCGAAACCGGAAACUUUUAGAAACCAAGCAAAG